UGCAUAUUAGCCCUCAUCUGGUUUGCCAUUUGUUGCUUAGUCAUUGGAUUUUCAUUUAUUUUAUUGUUUUCUAAAAAGAUUUGGAAAGAGUAUACUAUAAAAGGAAAGGUGGGAGGGAGUUCAAUUUUAAAAGCAUCAUCACAUCAACCAAGAAAGCUUUCUUAAAUUAAACAUUGUACAAAAAUAAGGAACAAGUUGGUAGUAACUCAUAAUGGAGAUGGAAUGGUCAUCUCAAGAUGCAAUGAAAGCUUUCUUGCAAACUCUUCAUUUGUGCAAAGUCAACAACAUGCAUGAUGAAGAACAAAAAUAUGGAAUAAAUGGAAGCAAAGUUAUUGAACCUCAAGGAACUGAGUUACUAUCAGCUUUAGCAGCAGGAAACAAAGCAAAAACAAUAAUAGACAUCACAACUUCUAAAAAACAAGGCAUUACACCUUUAACACUAGCCCUAUCUGUUGCUGCUAAACAAACCGGUGGCAAACUCAUCUGCAUUCGACCAUCUCUUAACGGCGUUAUCAAUAACGGCGUUAACUAUGAGGUAGCGAAUGAUGUAACGGAGUUACGGGUAGGUGAUCCGUGUGAGCAGUUGAUGAACGAUAUUCGAAACGUCGAUUUUGCUGUCAUUGAUUGCAGAGAUUUCGACACGUGUCGUCUGAGAGUAUUGUCAGAGAAGCUUCAUCUGAAUCCAAAAGGAGCUAUAAUUGUUGCUAAUAAUGUGUUACAUAGAGAACAAGGUGUUGCUCUUGUUGAUCAGAUUUUGAAGGGUAAAAAAGGAGGGAUUGAAUCUUCUGUUAGAACUUUGCCUUUAGGUGGUUCUUCAGCUGGGUUUCAACUGAUUAUUAAGAUUAAAUCCAAGUGUCAGAAGAUUAAGAGGAAGCAUAGGAGAUUCUUUGUUACUUUUGAUGACUGAUGAUCGACUUUAACGAACUAAGUUAGUUUUUGGGAUCCGUGUGUUCUUUUGGGUACAGAUCGAGUGGAUGAUGAUCCCAGGUCUCAGGCACUACCAUACUACCAGGAUCGAUUUUAACGAACUAAGCUAGUUUUGGGAUUUGUAUGUUAUUUUCCGUGGGUUAAGAUCUGGUGGAAGAUGGUCCAGGUCUUAGGUCCCGCCACCAGGAUCAACUUUAACAAAUUAAGCUAGUUUUGGAAUCUAUGUAUUAAUAGAGAUCGAGUGGAGAAUGAUCUCAGAUUGCGAAUACCACAUUGACUUUAAUGAGCCAAGCUAGUUGGAAUCUGUAUGUUUUUCUUUUAUUUAUGUUUCUUUAAAGUAAAGUUAGGUACAUAAUAUUUGUAAUAUUGUACAUUAGAUUAGGAAAAUACAACUAACUGUGCUCCUUUUUAAUUAGUACAGUUAAUAAUUAAGCAACUUUGUUUAGAAAUUAUGAAAUUUCCAUGAUGUUUACAUAUUAUAUGAGAAAAUAG